AGGUAGCGGGCUGUGAGUGGCAGUGUUGAUAGUGGCGCCGGCCGGCUGGCUCUCCCUCCCUCAUGAGGCCUCACUCACCAACCACUCCUGCUGGACCCUCUUAGAGAUGACGAGGUCGAGCCCAUCUUGACUUACGGGGUUCUGAAGAAGUAUCACAGUGCGACCUUGACGCCUGUGGCAAGAAGCCGCGACACUUGACCAACGUCAGGAUUUGUGUGACCAAGUAUAUAGAGACUAUGGCACACCUAAGAUCAGUGACAAGGGCAUUGUCAUCUGCCCGUACUGCUGCCUGUUUAGGAUCUACUGUAAAUCCUUCGAGAAUCUCUUGCAUUAGGUCACCAAAAUUGGAUGCUAAAGAUGAUUUGUGUGCACAUUUUCGACACCUAGUAAUAUCUCCUGAUGAGGCCUCUUUGUCUGCAACUUUUAUGAUGUCAAUCAGCUUGCCUGUAGAAUACAGACUUCCAUCGGUGGUGAAGCCUGUGAACAUCACUUUUCCAUCAUUACACAGUGGAGUAUUAUUGGAGAAGGAUCUUCCACCUAUUCCAAAUAUUACAGAAAAAAUUGAUCCAAUUGCGAAGAGGCAAAUAAAAGAAGCACCACCAAACCAGGUGACUGAGAAGCAAGCUGCUCGGUUAAUUGUAAUUAGAAGGCAAAAAAUGAAGAAACACAAGCUGAGAAAGCUACGCAAGAAGAUGAAGUUUGUGUAUCUGAAGGCUAGGCAGAAGAGAGAAUACAAGAAGGAAAAACUUUUCCAGGCCACACAAAUGUCAUUAGUUCGUGAGUUUGAAGCCUUUGAUGCUGCCAAUUUUGUGGCAGAUAUACUACAAAAAACUAAGCAGAAUCCUUCCCCAAAGUUGUAACAGGGCAAGUGGCUACCUCAACCUAUUAUCAAGCAACUUAAGGAAGAAAUAUUAUCAAGCAAAUUAAGGAAAAAAAAAAGGACUGGAAAUGGGAGAUGACAUGGUGGUUAUUGCAGUAGUUACAAUGGUGCAAAUAGUAUGAUGAGGUGACUAAAUAUCACUAGUAUUUACCAUUUAUUUUAAGUAAAUACUGUAAAACAAAAUUUGUGCAGGGUUAUAUAAUUUUUUCUCUUACAUUUCAAUUGUAUAUUCUAUUGUUUAAAUAAAUAUUAUGUCAAUCUGAUUCUCA